AUGAAGAACCUCCAAGUUGGAGACAAAGUUCUGACUGGGAACAAGAACACACCAUAUCAGCCAGUGUACAGUUUUGGGCACCGCCACGAACAUCUUGAAGGGACAUUCUUCCAAAUCCAUACAGCUGACAAGGCUCCAUUGGAAAUGACUGGCAGUCACUUGAUGUUCAUUGUGGAUGAUGAAAAUAAGCUUCAGACGGUCCGUGCUGAUGCGGUCAAAGUCGGUGAUCAUGUUGUCAAGAGUCGAGAUGAUGGCGUGAUGCUGCCAUCGACUGUCACUGAAAUCACAACAAUUCGGAAGAAGGGCAUGUACAUGCCAUUGACACCUGAUGGAACAAUUGUUGUGGAUGGAAUUGUGGCAUCGACCUAUGUUUCCAUUCAAGACCAAGCUCCUGCUGUUGUGGAAAACUCCAAGCUGUUCCCAUUCUUGACAGAACAAAGGAUUUUGCAUUGGUUCCUGUCCCCUUACAGGAUGCUAUGUCUGGGUGUAUCCUCCAAUGCUUGUCAAUUCUUGGAAAGCAGGGAUGAAGAAGGCAUUCAUUUCUGGUUGGUUGCUGGAAGGAAGCUGGCUGAAUUUGCCAAUGGUCAGGGAUUCUUGGUGCAAGUGCUGCUGAUUGGAAUUCCCGUAUUUUUGGUGUUUGCUCUCGUGAACCUUUUGGAAGUGCUCCUUGGUGGACCUGCUCUUGCCCCAUUUGUGUGCUUUGCAACAACUGUCUUUGGAGGUUGGAUUGUCAACAACCUGCAGCGUCGUCGCAUGCGGAGGGAAAAUAACGAGACCAAAAAGUUGGAGUAG